GUGGUGAAAGUGGAGUUUGUAAUUAGGCUUAUAAAAAGGAGGUGGAGGUAGGAAAGGCCAUACAUUUUCAGUAGGUUGUGGAGAACCCUUAUCUUUGUUUCCCCUCUUUCUCUCUAUUUUUUGGUGUCAGGAUUUCUCUGUUUCUCUCACCUUAUCUAUCUAUCCCUCUUCUUCAAGAAACAAAGCCGCCUCUACCUCUGUCUCUCUCACUCUCUACUGUUUGCUUCUAAUACUUUGCUUGGAGCAAACAUAUUCACCUCACACUACUAGUCACAACCCAUUUACCAAAAUGACGUCUUUUAUAGGCGUCUCAUCCAUUUACCAAACUCCCACUCUGGAACUCUAUAGAAGAACAACCCCAACAACAGCAGCCACUAAAGACAACAAGUCCCUUCUUCACUUCAACUAUGUUCUCAAAGCCUAUUACAACACCAACCAAACCCAUAAGCCUCACCACUCUCUCAGUUUGGUUCCCUCCGCUAUUGCCACUUCUAAUUCCUCAGUCCUCAGUGAAGAGGCUUUCAAAGGCCUCGGUGCUCUCGAUGCUUAUUACGAUGACGAUGACGAUGACAACAAUAAUUCUUCCGGCGCUGCUACUUCUACUUCUCCUGAGGACGACCAUGAGCUCGCCGUUUCCGAACUGGGCUUGCCUCAACGCCUUGUUCAAUCCCUUCACACACGUGGCAUUACUCACCUCUUCCCCAUUCAAAGAGCUGUUUUAGUCCCUGCACUAGAAGGUCGAGAUAUCAUUGCUCGUGCAAAGACUGGGACUGGGAAGACAUUAGCCUUUGGGAUCCCAAUUAUUAAACAACUUACUGAAGAGGAUGAACAAAGAGGCUCUCAUAGGCGGUCUGGUUCUCUUCCUAGAGUUCUGGUUCUUGCACCUACACGUGAGCUAGCAAAGCAAGUUGAAAAAGAGAUUAAAGAGUCUGCACCUUAUUUAAAUUCUGUUUGUGUUUAUGGAGGGGUUUCUUAUGUGACACAGCAGAAUGCACUUUCCCGUGGAGUUGAUGUGGUUGUUGGAACUCCUGGUCGAAUAAUUGACCUGAUAAAUGGUGGCAGCCUCAAACUAGGGGAAGUUCAAUUUUUGGUCCUUGAUGAAGCUGAUCAGAUGCUUGCAGUUGGUUUUGAGGAGGAUGUGGAAGUAAUUUUAGAAAAGCUUCCAUCUAAGCGCCAGAGCAUGCUUUUCUCCGCCACUAUGCCUGGUUGGGUGAAGAAAUUGGCACGGAAAUAUUUGGACAAUCCAUUGACCAUUGAUUUGGUUGGUGAUCGAGAAGAAAAGCUUGCAGAAGGGAUCAAGCUCUUUGCUCUAUCAGCCACUGCAACUUCAAAGCGGACCAUUCUUAGUGAUCUUAUAACAGUUUAUGCUAAAGGUGGGAAGACCAUUGUUUUCACACAGACGAAACGUGAUGCCGAUGAAGUCUCAAUGUCAUUAACAAAUAGCAUAGCUUCUGAGGCAUUGCAUGGAGAUAUAUCUCAGCAUCAGAGGGAGAGAACAUUAAAUGGUUUUCGACAAGGGAAAUUUACGGUGCUUGUUGCCACUGAUGUUGCAGCUCGUGGACUCGAUAUCCCCAACGUUGAUCUAGUUAUUCACUAUGAACUUCCCAAUGAUCCAGAGACUUUUGUGCAUCGCUCUGGUCGUACCGGACGAGCAGGAAAGGAAGGUAAUGCCAUUCUGAUGUUUACUAGUAGCCAGAGGAGAACGGUCAGAUCCCUUGAGCGUGAUGUGGGCUGUAAGUUUGAGUUUGUUAGUGCACCAGCUGUUGAAGAAGUUUUGGAGUCAUCUGCUGAGCAUGUAGUUGCUACUCUUAGUGGAGUUCAUCCUGAAUCUGUAGAGUUUUUCACCCCAACUGCACAAAAAUUGAUUGAAGAAAAGGGAAUAGGCGCUCUUGCUGCUGCACUAGCACAAUUGAGUGGAUUCUCCCGACCUCCUUCAGCCCGAUCUCUCAUCAAUCAUGAGCAGGGAUGGGUUACAUUGCAACUGACUCGAGAUCCAGCUUAUUCUAGUAGAUACCUGUCUGCUAGAUCCGUCACUGGCUUUCUUUCGGAUGUUUAUCCAGCAGCUGCUGAUGAAGUUGGAAAGAUUUAUAUAAUUGCAGAUGAAAGGGUUCAAGGAGCAGUUUUUGAUCUUCCAGAGGAAAUUGCAAAGGAGUUACUGAAUAGGCAAACACCACUUGGAAACACACUCUCCAAGAUCACCAAGUUGCCUGCUCUGCAAGAUGAUGGGCCUGCAAGUGAUUCCUAUGGCAGGUUUUCUGGUAGGGAUCGGAAUAAUAGACGAGGAUCUCGAGAUAGGGGAGGUUUUAGAACAUCACGGGGUUGGGGCAGUGGCCGAGGCUCUGAUAGUGAUGAUGGUUUAUUUAAGAGUAGUAGUCGAAGUUUUAGAUCUGACAACAGCUGGUCACGAAAUUCAAAAAGCAGUGGGGAUGAUUGGCUAAUUGGAGGUAGACGAUCAAACACUAACAGGUCAUCAUCCCGGGACAGAAGCUUUGGAGGUUCGUGUUUUAAUUGUGGCCGGUCUGGGCACAGGGCAUCAGAAUGCCCAAGCAAGCAAGACUAUUAAUUGUGCCCAAGCCUACAUCGGGUUUUUUUUCCUUAAGUGGGCCGGAACUCAGAAGCUGCUGCUGCUUGGAAUUGUUUUGGAUAAUUUCUUUACAUGGUAUGUUCAAUAGGUCCUUAGAGAUUGAUAGAUGCUACUAAAAGUUAUAGGAAUCGACUUUGUACUGCUCUCUCUCUCUCUCAUGUAGUGUUUUCGGUCGUUCUGUUUUAAGAUUUUGUUCCGUUUAAAGUUUUUGCUAGAUAUGUGUAAAACUUAUAUCUUUAUUCAAUCUCUUGGCACUGAUGACAUUUACCAAGAAUAGAGAUUUCUUUUGUUGUGUUCUGCAUUAUUUGAA